AUGAAUCCAUUCCGAGCAUGGGUGGGCCGAGCAUGGAGCCACUCUCGUCUGAUAUUCUGCGCUAUGCAAAGCAUGGCAGCGGCCAAUUUGGAGAGAUUCUACCCUUCCAUCAUUCCGAUCGGUCAAGAGCUUAGAAAGGAAGCCUCCGUUAUGCUAGCCUGCAGUACUGAUUGCCAAAGAGAGACCUUGCUCGCGCUUCUCAUGAUUGGUGCCACAUCCAGCUGGUUCAAUCCCAAAGAUAGUGGAGCUUCGUUAUUUCUAUCUUUUCAAUCUCGCCUCAAACGUGCAAUUUUAUUGAAUAAAGUUGAUAUCAAUGGAGCUGAGGGUCUUUUUUACAUGGGUUCAUUGGUAUAUUGGAGAAUGCUUUUGUCUUAUGUUCACGAUCAUCCCCGAAUUGUGCGAGAUGAAAUUGGAAUCUCUGUACGCGUACCUUCACAGCCCUCAACGCUUUCUUUCAACAACACGCCUCAUCCGUGGGCGGGUGUCGGUUUUGAGAUCCAGAAAAUAUUAUGCGAAGUCGGGCUCCUUAUUCGAACAAAGCGACGAAAAUCAAAAGUCCCAGAUGACGAACCUAACCCGAAUCUCUUCGACUCCCAAAAUAGUCUUCUUGAGGCCUUCGAGCUGGAGUCCCGUCUUCUGCAAACAGGUUGCCCAGCAGAAGAUCAAGUAACAAAUCCAGGCGAUCACCAGACACCGGUAGAUCACUUGCUUGUCUUUGCAGAAGUAUACAGACUUUUGGGGUUGUUGCAAAUAUAUCGCAUUUUUCCGACCGUGCUCACAUCUCGGCUUGCGGCAGACCGAUCUACGUGGAUAUCGUCAACACGGCGCAUCUUUAACAUGGUACACCAUCAUGCUAUGACCUGGGGGCUUCAAAUGAAUGUCCCGCAAGAUCAGUUUUCUCCAAAUUUCAUGGCCAUCUGGCUCACUCUGUUUGCAUACUCAAUUAUUGAGAAACUGAAGGCCCUGCCUAUUGAAGCCGGUACUGGCGCUUUCCAACCCUUCUUACUCGUCGCCUGUAGCGGGGAGUUACGGCGGCCCUCAGUGUUCACUGCUGGUUUAAAGGCCCUGAUUCACUCAGAUGGAAGUCUUAUUCUGAUGGAGACUGGGAUCCUGCGUGCUCGCCAAAUUCUCCUCGGUCGGCUUCAAAUGCUGCGUGAUUUUUUGCCGCCGAAGCCGUGGGACUUAUGUGUUAGUAUCGUUCAGGAGGUGUGGUCAAGAAUGGAUGCAAUCUCCUUCCCCUCAAUUUUGGACAAAGAAUCGGAUUCGGGAAUGGAUAAUAUGCCCCUUUGGCUUGAUGUUAUGAUUGACCAUGGCUAUGAGACGUUGAUGGGCUGA